AUGUUUGGACGGUUGAAGCCAUGCAGCACGUGUCUCUCUGUACAUGCUCUUGCCAUUAGCCAUGCACGACGUUCACCGUUCCUCCAUGUUCGGACUGUAACGGCAACUAUGCCAAGGCGACAGUUGACGACAUCUUCAUCAGGCGGGCUGACACUCAAAACACCCAAAGGCACCAAGGAUUACACCGACAGAGACAUGGCUAUUCGAGAUCAAGUGUUCUCUACUAUCACCCAAGUAUUCAAAAAGCAUGGUGCUGUGACGAUUGAUACGCCCGUGUUCGAAUUGACUGAGAUCCUUGCCGGCAAAUAUGGUGAAGACAGCAAAUUGAUUUACGACCUUGCCGACCAGGGUGGAGAGCAAUGUUCAUUAAGAUACGACCUCACCGUUCCAUUCGCACGUUUCAUUGCCAUGCACGGGAAGGAAUAUCAAAACAUCAAGCGAUAUCAUAUUGCCAAGGUGUAUCGACGUGAUCAACCAGCCAUGACCAAAGGACGUUUACGAGAGUUCUAUCAAUGUGAUUUCGAUAUUGCUGGCACCUACGAUCCCAUGAUUCCAGACGCUGAGAUCUUACGUAUCUUGUGUGAAGCAUUGACGGCGUUGGAUAUUGGACCUUACACUAUCAAGAUCAAUCAUCGUAAGAUCCUGGAUGGUAUCUUUCAAGCAUGUCAUGUGCCAGAAGAAAGCAUCCGAUCCAUUUCUGCUGCUGUCGACAAGUUGGACAAAUUGCCGUGGGAACAAGUCAAGCAAGAAAUGAUUGAGGAACGUGGUUUGGAUCCCACGGUGGCUGACAGGAUAGGCGAUUAUGUCAAGUUGCAAGGGGGUCAAGAGCUGCUGGACACGCUCUCACGAGAUACCAAGUUGACACAAAAUGCAAUGGCUGCUCAAGGCUUGGCUGAUAUGAAAUUGUUGUUUGAGUUCCUUGAGGUGUUGGAUAUUCAAGACAAGAUGCGUCUAGAUCUUAGUCUGGCUCGUGGUUUGGAUUACUACACUGGUGUCAUUUACGAAGCAAUUGCUCCUCAAAGCACUGUGGGUGGCGUGGGCUCUGUUGCUGCUGGUGGACGCUAUGAUGAAUUAGUGGGCAUGCUUGUGGGUCGCAACAAAAAAGGAAAACCAAGCUUACAAGUUCCUUGUGUGGGUGUCUCGCUUGGUGUUGAACGCAUCUUUUCUAUUCUCGCAGCCAAAUACCAACAUCAGCCUAUCAAGUCCAAAGAUACGGAAGUACUCGUUAUGGCCGUUGGUGGUGGAUUGAUCAAGGAACAAAUGCGCUUGGCAAAAGAGCUUUGGGAUCAUGGUAUCAAGGCAUCCUUCAUGUAUAAGAACAAGCCAAAGCUUGACAAACAAUGGUCACUUUGCGAAAAGGAUCAGAUCCCUUUUGCCGUCAUUAUUGGUCAAGAUGAGCUCGAUAGCAAUCAAGUGCGACUCAAGGAUAUGCGUGUAAAGGAUAAAUCACAAGGUGGUGGCAUCUUCAUAGAGCGUAGCAAUUUGAUAGAUGAGCUGAAGGAUCGAUUAAAAAUAAACUCAUAA